AUGGCCAGCCUCGCAGUUCCUUCCCACCAGCGCCCCACCUCAUCCACGCCAACAUCAUACAACCUCCCUUCCGACUCCUCAGAUGUCGACCCGGACAAUGACGCUCCUCUCCCCUUCCCAGCGGCCCUGCCACGAUCCGACUUUCUCGUCCCGGACUUUGACCCGGCCGCAUAUCUCUCUGCCCUCCCUCACCGCCACCAGACCCUCGAAGAUUUACGGUCCGACCUUCGCGAUCGCAGUUCAACCAUCAGCUCGGAACUUGUUGAGCUCGUAAACUCCAACUACACUGCAUUUUUAUCAUUGGGUUCCGAACUCAAAGGUGGCGAUGAGAAGGUCCAAGAUGUCAAAGUGGCCCUGUUGGGAUUCCGACGAACCGUUGAGGAGGUCAAGGUCAAGGUGGCCAAGAGGAGAGACGAGACGAGAGAAUUCAACGACGAGCUGCGUCAUGUACGCUUAGAUAUCGAGCAGGGGAGAAAGAUGCUUGAAAUUGAUGAUAGAUUGUCUGCUCUCGAGGAGAGAUUAUCCGUCGACAGUUUACCUGCAGGCGCGGGACAAAAGGAGUGGGAUUGGGAUAGCAGUGACGAAGAGGAAGAUGAGGGUGCUGUGGCAGGGCUGCUGGGGAGCCCGCCCGCCAAACUAUUGCCAUCGGCAAAGGAGUGUGGCGAGAUUAUUCUGUUGAAAGAGCCCCUCGAUCAGCAACAUCCGUUUGUCCUGAAGCUGGGGGAACGGCUGAACAGAUGCCGGAAUACUCUGCUGUUGGACCUGGGCAAUGCGCUGAAAGAAGCGAAAGGAGCUGGCGUCCAGGGACAUGAUCGAGUACUUAAAUAUCUGGCCAUAUACCGCAUGCUGGAUGCCCAAAGAGAGGCCAUCAGGGCGCUUAGAGGCGGUUAG